UUCAGUUGAUUCUACAAUUUUGAUCAUGAUACCGUCGAUAUCUUGCUAACUCUUAGUUCGGCUGACAUGUCAUUGCAGCUUACGAGUAAGUCACAAAAGCUGCCGCAUUAAGCAGUAUCAGCUUUUCGAAGCGGCCUGUCGUGAUGAUCUUAGUACUUCUCUCCUAUUGCCUUUGGAGGCCCCAAGUAGGUUCCUGCGAUAUCACUUUCUCUUCUCAAUUCUUUUCUCUAUCCAGUCUUUCUACCUCCUAUAUUACCCCCCUAGUCCCCUACCAUCAUGAUCUACGAUCCCGCUUUCCUCUCUCUCUCUUUCAUCAGAUGACCAGCUUCAAUGCAACACCUCCCUUCAACUCUAAACUUUGCCUCCCCGUUCUUCAGGCGCCGAUGGCGUGCUGUAUAUCAUGCCCUCCAUGCCCUUCCUACCACUCCUCUUCUUCGCCGCCUGUAUUCUUCUUCCUUCAACCUCAUGUCUUUUCAUAAGCCUCCACGUCUUCCAAUUCUUGUCCCCCAUUUUCACAGCCACAUCCACCAACGUAUCCUCACAACUAGGCUAUCGGUCCCCUUGCGCCUUA